AUGACAUUGGGUCGACGACAGUUGUUUGGCGUGGCUUUUUCCAUUGGGCCCACCAGAGUUGGCAGACCAAGGGGGUUCUGUGGAACCACAUUGCCCAUCACUACAUGUAGGAGAAGCAACUUUCCAAGUGGCAAUAGGUCUAUUGGAUCCAAUUUGGGUUGGAAGACGUGUUCUACCAGUACCUCUUCCAGGUUGCAUCAUCAGGAGAGAACAACAACAACAAUUCUAUCAUCAUCAUCUGCUAGAGACACGCCACCCAAAAUUGAAAUUUCUCCAUCGGAUCACGGUACAAGUCCACUGGAACGAUACGACGACAAUGACACGCCACUCUUGGAUCCGCGAUUGAUUCAAGCGUUGAAACGAAAAGGCAUUACCACUCCAACGCCCAUUCAAGCCCAUGGAAUUCCACUCUUGCAACAAGGAUUCGAUGUCAUGGCCAGUAGUAAAACUGGAUCGGGAAAAACACUGCUGUUUGCACUCCCCAUUUGUCAUCGACUACUGCAACAGCAACAAUCAUCAUCCAAGGGACCGUCGGCAUUGAUUCUCAAUCCGACACGAGAAUUGGCCCUCCAAACAGCAUCGGCCAUUCAGGACGACUUGUUGAGCGGCAUCAUCAACAAACAUAGCAGCAACAAGAAACAAACCAUCCAAGUCGCCCUGGCCACGGGAGGAGCCAAUGUGGCACAGCAACGCAAACAGGCACAACAAUGCGACAUUUUGGUCGCCACACCGGGCCGUCUCUUGCAGUUUCUAGACGAACAGAGUAUCUCUCUGCAAUCGGUACAAGAUUUGAUUUGCGAUGAAUCCGAUCGCAUGGUCGAUUUGGGAUUUGAAGAUCAAUUGCGACGGAUUGCGCAAGUCUUAAAGAAACAACAGCAACAACGAAAUACAAAACGAAGGACCGUCCUCUGUUCGGCCACCUUUCCACCCGAAGUUCAACGGAUUGCCGCCGACUUUUUACACCCAGACUAUUACUUUAUUGCCGUGGGACGAGUGGGAGAAACACCCACGGGAAUUGAGCAAACGUUACUGUGGGUAGACGGGGGGGCGGCCGAAAAACGAAGGGUCGCGUUGCGACAAAUACAAUCCUUUCUCCAAAACAACAACCAAAACAAGAAACAAUCUCAGGUCAUUGUCUUUUGUAAUACCAAAGACGAAGCCGAAGCGGUCGGUGCCGAACUCAUUCAAAAAAAGAUUGUUCCUCCUUCAAAAGGUGUGCGGGUUGUCACUGGAGACAAGGAACAACGAGAACGCAACAAAUCCUUGGAUGCCUUUCGACAGGGGAAAAUAUCCGUCAUGGUGGCCACCGAUGUGGCCGCCCGUGGAUUGGAUGUCCCCACGAUUGGAUUGGUCGUCCAAGUGGAUGCCCCACUGGAUGUAGACUCCUAUACACAUAGAGUGGGACGAACGGGACGAGCUGGUUCCAAAGGAUCCGCUGUUGCCUUGUUGGAUGGGAGGAGUGUUGGAAUUGCCCCGGCCUUGGUGCAAUUGCUGCAGGAAGCCAAUCAACGAGUUCCCGCGUGGCUGCUUGGAAUGUCGUACACGAGUCGAGCCAGGGCAUUGGAGGAAGAAGUGGCCAUUGCAGCGGGAGGUGGAUCCUUGGUUGGCAGUAGCGACGAUAUUGAGGUAACAACUACGGAAGCAUCCUUUAGCGAGCAAGACUUUCGAAGCAGUGCUGUUGCCGGAUCGUGGGGUUCAGAGCGUGACACAAGCUAUCAUGACUUUGAUGAUGAUGCGUAUAGUAGUUUGGAGGCAGUCGGCGACAACCUACUGGAAGAGAGCUUGGAUGGGGAAGAAGAGUUGGGCGAUGAUAACCUCCCAAGUGAUCACGGUGUACGUGGUAUUGACUUGGUUUUGGAUUCCGAAAAUGACCAGGAUCCAGCAUUGGACCCAGGUUCAAUGGAGCAAGCCCCAGCAUUUGAACGCCAGCGGCCCAGUAAGAAGCUACUUGAAUUCCUGAAACGACUUGAUGGAACGAACAAAAUAGGACCUAGUCCCCGUCCUGAUGUCUUGUCAAAGCUCUCUCAACGUGGUGGCUCGGAUCAGUGUCUACGGUUCGAGUAUUUGGGAAUGUUUCCGUUCGAAGAAGUUUCAGAGCUUUUGAUGAACAGGGGUCGUGGCCGGGAUCGCGAUGAUGACAGCAAGACCACAAAGAUCUUGAUGGUAGCAGAAAAGCCAUCCAUCGCAAAGGCUAUUGCAGACGCUUUGAGGGGCCCCGGAGGUGUGCGACAGAAGCGGGGCAUAUCUCGUGCGCUACCCAUAUACGAGUUGACCCUCAAGGGGAAUGUGCCGUCUCAGUUUUCCAGCAACGAAGAAAGACUGUCAGGAUGCAAAGUGCUCGUGACCAGCGUGGUCGGACAUGUAUUUUCCCUUGGCUUUGAUCAGCAGGAGAAUUCUGGCAGAGGAAAAGAUCCCCAGCAAUAUUUUCACAUGGACGUAGUCAAGAAAUCGGAAGGCAUGACCGAUAAGCUUCGUGUGGUUGAUCACUUGAGGGCGUUGGCGGCAGACUGUGAUCAUCUUGUUCUUUGGCUGGACUGCGAUGCUGAAGGAGAGAACAUUGCCCAUGAGGUGAUCGGCGUGACAAAACGAGCAAUGGAAAAGAGAGUGGCCCUUGCUCAGGGAGGAAGCUCAGAUGCAUCCCCCCAAAGACGCAUACACCGCGCUCAGUUUUCUGCCAUCACGAGGGAGGCUCUUCAGGACGCCUUUGGCAAGUUGGGCGAGCCGGAUGCGGCGCUGUCUCGGUCAGUGGAUGCGCGCCAAGAGCUCGACUUAAGAGUGGGUGUCGCGUUGACGAGGCUGCUGACAUGGCGAUGUGUGGGGCUAGCACGCCAAAGGUUCUCUCCUGCGACGAAGCUUGUUUCGUACGGACCGUGCCAGACCCCAGCGCUCUCGUUUUGUAAGGACCGUGCCGACGCUAUCGAAGCUUUCGUCGCUGAGGAAUUUUGGAAAGUCCAGAUAUCAGCGAAAACACCUGGAGGCCAACAACAAAGUGAGCCAAUCAAUUUGCAAUGGGUGCCACCAGCAGGGAGCACCGUUGUGUCCAAUAGAAAGAGAGGACGAAAGGGAGGUGACAAUGAUGAAAACGCAUUCGUUGAGGAGAGUGCAUCGUUUGACAAGGACGCCGCACAAUCCUUUGUCAAGGCUGCCUCGCAACCCAACUCUGUCGCAACAGUAGUUAACGUGGAGAACGUUGCGGAGAGAAUCAGUGCGCCAUUGGCACUCAACACGGUAGGUCUGCUUGCGGCUGGAUCCAAGGCCAUGGGGAUGUCACCCAAAAAGGUCAUGCAAGUGGCCGAGAAACUCUACAGCGCUGGAUACAUUUCCUAUCCAAGAACGGAAACAACCCGCUACGACCCCAGGGGUUUUGAUGUGCGCUCCGUCCUGCGAGCAUUCAAGAACACUCAGCGCAGCGAGUUUGCCCCGACUGCUUCCUACUUGCUGCACACCAAGUACUCCAAGUCGGGACGCCCACCACAACGCGGCAAAGAUGCAGGAGACCAUCCUCCCAUUACCUGUUUAAAGGUCGCUACUCGAGGCGAGUUGAAUGGGGCCGAAUGGCGCGUGUACGACUUUGUAGUCCGUACGUUCCUUGGGUCUUUGAGUGACGAUCUGACAUUUACUCGGCAGGUAGCGGAACUCGAAUUGAACCACCAUAAUGGCAAGCAGCCACCAGAUGGUCGAUGCCAAGCAGAGCAGAUUCGAGUCGACACGCUUGGAUUUGCCGGUGCCUGUCCUUGGGUCCUUCGUGACAUUGGUGCCGAGAAGAAACAGAAUGGACCAAAAGGCAAGAACGAUCCGAAAAAGCACGAGCGAAUGACGUUUACCAAAGGCAUGAAGCUUUCGAUAGCAACUGCCAAACUCGAGCAUUGCCAGACUCGUCCGCCUCCCUUUUUGCAAGAGCACGAAUUGAUUGAGCUCAUGGAUGCCAACCGGAUUGGCACGGAUGCCAGUAUGGCAGUGCACGUGACCAACAUUGUCAAUCGAGGUUACGUCGUGCUAUGUGAUGAGACUGGAACAUUGCUUCGUCCCCCCAGACCACCCCGACCGGGUCAAAAGUCACUUCCACGACAGAUUGGCCGUUACCUGGUGCCCACAUCGUUGGGCAUUGGCUUGAUUGAUCUAUUUCAACAACAACCAAACCGUCCCCACAAGCAUCAUCAUCGAGACAACGACGACGACUCGGUCCAGCUGUUGGCCCGUCCCGCCAUUCGAGCUCAAAUGGAAGAUGAAGUCAAGCAGAUUGCAUUGGGCAAGUUGGACAAGGAGGCUUGUGUGGCCAAGAAUCUGGCCUGGUUCGAGGGUCGUUAUAAGGAACUGUUUGCAUCCUUGUCUCGAGAACGCAUCCAGAAGUUUGGCAAGUCGUUGGUCCCAACCAAGACCAGUUUAGGCUAUUGGCGGAAACUGGGAGCGUUUGAAGCCCCUGUGGAAGCGCCCAAUAAGUGGCGUGGUGGUCCCACCAAUUCAAAUGGCAAGGCCAACCAGAGUAAUAGAAAGAAGAGGUCACCAUCCAACAACCAAGGGAGGAACCGACGGCCCGCCAACCAAGGGAAGACCAGUAACCAAAAGGCUGGCAAACGGGGAUCUCCUCCUCGAGUGACGCAAUAG